AUGCAUCGCAGUCGUCUCCUUAAGAAUCCUGCGGCGUUUUAUGAAUUUGUCGACAAUAAUUUCCUGAACAACAAACGUCCACCUGUACCUGGUGGUUCAUGGCCUUAUGAGAGUCUUCGCGGAAAGAGCCUUGCGGACCUGCAGCAGAUCUGGUUCCUUUUGGUAAAGGAGCGCAACAUGCUGCAGUCGAUGCGGGAACACUAUCUGCGACACCAGGAGGAACUCGGGGCCAUGCCGGCGCCGUCGAGGCUGCGAAUGGUGCAGGAGUCCAUGCGCAACAUCCGCCGUGUCGUGCAGGAACGCGAGGCGGCGGCCACGGCGAAGGCCACGGCGAUCUUCCGCGAGCGGCUGCAGCGCGGAGUCUACCGAUUCCCGCCGGGCCCGCCGCCGCCACCGGGCGCCCACUCGAAGACGGUUGUUGUGAAAGUGACACUCGAGCGUCGUGUGGCAGAGGAGCGGCUGCGGGAAUUGUUUGGCCGCUACGAUGUGUUUGAGUCGCACAGAGGCAUCGUGCGGGUGGAGCUGCGACUGCCGGAGGACGUGAUGCGACGCAAGGAGGAGGCAGAACAGGUGUGGACGCAAUACGUUGCGGAGAAAAGUGAUGUGAAGGCAUACCAUCAGUGGGCCGCUGCGCCAAGUGUGUACGAUUACACAAAUGUCGAACUCGCACCCGGUGUGUUCGCGAAUGACGCUGUAAGGGAACAUAUGGAUGGAGAAAAGAAAGAUAAAAACGACAAUGAGAGUUGUAGUGGAGAUAGUAGCAACGGUAGUAUUGAGAAAAGUAAUAAAAUUGAUGAAAAUGGGGCCAUUAUAGCAGCAAGUUUGCCCGUACCACCGAGCAAAGAGAGGCCAACACCACCAAAGAAUCCACUGGAGCGACUCAAAGCUGAACGCCGAUCGUAUCUUGCAAAAAGUGUUAUCCAGCUCGGCUACUUCCCCAAUAUCACGAUGGAGCCGCCACGUUAUAAAAGUGUUGAGGAGGUGCCACGUCCAACUCAUCCAGAUGAAAUUGAGGGUCCAUGGGAGGCAUACAUCACUUAUGACCAAAGUGACGGUCUGGCAUAUGCGCAGUCGCUUGGUAUCACUACUAUUGAUGGAACAAAGGUAAUCGAGAUAGCGGAACAUAAGCGUGAGCCCCAGCCAUAUUCUGAGUUUGACCCUGUUUAUCAAGAAGCUCUGCGUCGUGAAUCAGCACGGGAAGAGACUCUUAUGAAAUGGCCACACGUGCCUGAAUGGAAAUACGACUACAGCACAUACACACGUAAACAUCUUUCUGAAAUUGUACGCUACAAUUACAGCAAUGUUGUGGAUUACGUGGAUCGUGAGGUUCUCCUAACAGGGAAAUCUGUUUGGGAGUGUCCCAUUGACAUUGAUCAUACAUGUGGUGGUGCCAAAUCUGUGCCGCCACAUGCAAAGAAGCCGAUAAGAUACAUGGAUGCGGGGAUUACCGAAGUGGGUGUCACAGAUAUCUAA